GUUUUUUGAGGUGUCUGAGCUGAGUGAGAUACAAGGAUGCACUCCUUCAGACUGUUGAGCACAGUGGAUGUCCCUUCUCCAGUUGUGAAUUUGGGUCCUGUCAGGUUGUGUGAUUAACCAUCUCUCAGAAUGACGCACCAGUUCCCAGCUCUUACUGGUGCUCAGAAGAAGGAGCUCCAGGAGAUUGCCCUGCGCAUAAUCGCUCCGGGGAAGGGCGUCCUGGCCGCUGAUGAGUCUGUGGGAAGUAUGGGAAAGCGCCUACACCAGAUAGGGGUUGAAAACACUGAAGAGAAUCGCCGGCAGUUCCGACAGAUUCUCUUCCGUGCUGAUGAGCGCAUUAACAGCUGUAUCGGUGGGGUCAUCUUCUUCCAUGAGACGCUGUACCAGAAAGCUGACGAUGGCACAUUCUUCGUCAACAUGAUCCAGGACAAGGGCAUCACUGUGGGAAUAAAGGUUGACAAGGGUGUUGUCCCCUUGCCAGGAACUAAUGGAGAAUCCACCACUCAGGGACUAGAUGGGCUCUCAGAACGCUGUGCUCAGUAUAAGAAGGACGGGGCAAACUUUGCUAAAUGGCGCUGUGUGUUCAAGAUCAGUGACACCACACCUUCGACACUUUCGAUUGAAGAGAAUGCCAAUGUCCUGGCUCGAUAUUCAAGCAUUUGUCAGCAGCAUGGGAUUGUGCCUAUUGUGGAGCCAGAAGUUUUGCCUGAUGGAGACCAUGAUCUGAGACGUUGUCAGUAUGUCACUGAGAAGGUGCUAGCUGCACUGUACAAGUCCAUGUCUGACCAUCAUGUGUACCUGGAGGGGACUUUACUCAAGCCCAACAUGGCCACUGCUGGUAACAGCUGCCCCACCAAAUAUAGCGCGGAGGAGGUUGCAAUGGCAACGGUCACUGCCUUGCGCCGCAGUGUCCCUCCUGCAGUUGCCGGAGUGAUGUUCCUCUCUGGGGGUCAGAGUGAAGAGGAGGCCUCUGUAAACCUGAAUGCCAUCAACAAAUGUCCUCUGGUGAAGCCCUGGCCCCUAACCUUCUCCUAUGGCCGAGCCCUGCAGGCGUCUGCACUCAAAACCUGGUGUGGACAUAAAGAAAAUGAGAGUGCUGCCACUGACCAGUUCAUCAAGCGAGCAGAGGUGAAUAGUCUGGCCUGCCAGGGAAAGUAUGCUGGUGAUGGGGACGAUGAAUCUGACCAGAUCUAUGUGUCCAAUCAUACAUAUUGAAGAGACCGUCAUCCCUCAUGAUCCAGCUUUGGGCAAACAACAACACUGUUCAUUACAAUUUGUAAAUCACAGUAAUAUGCUGUCUACGAUCUGUAUUUGAGUUGUAUAAAAAGUACUUGGUAAUUAGUGUAUACAUUGGUAAUUAGAAAACAUUGCACAUUGGUGGACAAAGUAGAUGUUCAAUUAAGUUAGGCAUUGACAUUGUAUUUGUCUACAAUCAGAUGAAAGUACUUUGAUUAGAAACAAUAUUAGGGUAACACUUUAUUUUUAGAGUCCCAAAAGUGUCCCUGUAGAUUGUCAGUAGACAAUCUGUAGACCAUCUGUAACAUUUUUACUAAUUAUUUACUAACCCCUAUCUCUAACCUUAACCUAUACCCUAUACCUUUUUCUAACCCUAACCUUCACAAGCAGUUGUUUAUCAACCGAUCGUUUGUUUAAAGUUUGUUGAUAGUAUUGCUAUCUAUAGAACAUCUACAGAUGGAAAUUGGGACUCUCAAACUAAAGUGUAACCAAUAUUAUUAUAACCUUUAUAACAUGUUAUAGUAGCAAAAUUAAACCUAUUGACUUUU